GAAUUCACACUGGAGAAAAACCUUACAAAUGCAUGGAGUGUGGAAAGAGCUUUACUCAGAGUGGAACCCUCCGUCAACAUCAAAGAAUUCACACAGGAGAAAAACCCUACAAAUGCUUGGAGUGUGGAAGGAGCUUCAAUCUGAAGAAAAUUCUUGAUAAUCAUCAAAGAAUUCACACUGGAGAAAAACCGUAUCAAUGUCUGGAGUGUGGAAAGAGUUUCAGUAUGAGUGGAAAUCUUUAUAGACAUCAAAGAAUUCACACUGGGAAAAAACUCUACAAAUGCCUGCAAUGUGGAAAGAGCUUUGCUCAGGGUGAUACCCUCCAUCAACAUCAAAGAAUUCACACAGGAGAAAAACCCUACAAAUGCUUGGAGUGUGGAAGGAGCUUCAAUCUGAAGAAAAUUCUUGAUAAUCAUCAAAGAAUUCACACUGGAGAAAAACCGUAUCAAUGUCUGGAGUGUGGAAAGAGUUUCAGUAUGAGUGGAAAUCUUUAUAGACAUCAAAGAAUUCACACUGGGAAAAAACUCUACAAAUGCCUGCAAUGUGGAAAGAGCUUUGCUCAGGGUGAUACCCUCCAUCAACAUCAAAGAAUUCACACAGAAGAAAAACCCUACAAAUGCAUGGAGUGUGGAAAGAGCUUUACUCAGGGUGCACACCUCCAUCGACAUCAAAGAAUUCACACUGGGAAAAAACUCUACAAAUGCCUGCAAUGUGGAAAGAGCUUUGCUCAGGGUGAUACCCUCCAUCAACAUCAAAGAAUUCACACAGAAGAAAAACCCUACAAAUGCAUGGAGUGUGGAAAGAGCUUUACUCAGGGUGGCCACCUCCAUCAACAUCAAAGAAUUCACACAGGAGAAAAACCCUACAAAUGCAUGGAGUGUGGAAAGAGCUUUACUCAGGGUGGCCACCUCCAUCAACAUCAAAGAAUUCACACAGGAGAAAAACCCUACAAAUGCAUGGAGUGUGGAAAGAGCUUUACUCAGGGGGGACAUCUUCGUCAACAUCAAAGAAUUCACACAGGAGAAAAACUCUACAAAUGUCUGGAGUGUGGAAAGAGCUUCAAUAUGAAGAGUUUUAAUAAACAUCAAAGAAUUCACACUGGAGAAAAAUCCUACAGAUGCUUGGCGUGUGGAAAGAUGUUUGCUCAAAUUGGACUCCUCCGUCUCCAUCAAAGAAGUCACACUGGAGAAAAACCAUAUCAAUGUCUGGAUUGUGGAAAGAGCUUCAGUGUGAGGGGAAAUUUUUUUCGACAUCAAAGAAUUCACACUGGAGAAAAACCAUAUCAAUGUCUGGAGUGUGGAAAGAGCUUCAGUGUGAGAGGGAGUCUUUAUAGACAUCAAAGAAUUCACACUGGAGAAAAACCCUACAAAUGUCUGGAAUGUGGAAAGAACUUUGCUCGGGAUGGACACCUCUGUCAACAUCAAAGAAUUCCCAACAAAAAAAAACCUCGAGUGUGGAAAGAGCUUCACUAACAGGAGAAAUCUUUAUAAACAUCAAAGAAACCAUUCAAAUAGUUAAGAAAGUUAAAUAUUUGGGAAUAUAGUUAACAGCAAGAUAUGCAGUGAUAAAUGAAGAGAAGUAUAUAAAAUUACUUAAGCAAAUUAAAUUAGAUUUUGAAAAAUGGAAAAUCUACAUCAGUACUGGGCGGAAUUGCUACAGUAAAAAGAAUAUCCUACCAAAAUUACUUUUCCUGUUCCAAACAGCACCUAUAAAAUUGAAAUCAAAGGAUCAGGCAUGAUUCACUUGGAUUCAACCUCUUACAGAGAAGAAAAAUUAGAAAUGUAUGGAGUGGGGAAAAUCCUUCAGAACAAAUCGAAAUCUCCAAAAUUAUGUAAGAAUCUACAUGGGAAAGGAACCUUGUAAAUGGAGAGAGCAUGGCUAACAUGUUUCAGUAACCAGCAAAAUCAGUUCAGCUCUGAAUGAAAUUGUAUAAGGUUUCUCAAGGUAAACGUCUGAAACAUUUUGCUAUUGUUUUUAUAACUAGUCAGUAAAAAGUAACCACAGUCCACAUUGGUUCAGUUUUACUAUUGUUUAGUAUGGUUAAAUAAAGGAACAUUUUACUAUC